AUGCUUCAUGAAUUAAUUGGUUAUUCCACCUUCAGCGGAACAUGCCUAGUGGUCUUCAUUAUCACCCUAGGUGCGACGGCAAUUGCGACCCUACGUUCAUCUGAACAGAUAUCUAAAUGGCCACUGAUCAACAACCGAAGGAUUUAUGAAUUAACCCUGGCACAAGCAAAGAGGCGAUUUUACUAUAAUCUUGAUCAAUUGUGUCAACUUGGAUUCCAGAAGUCCCGAGACGGAUUCCGUCUAGUGACCGAUAGUGGGACUCAUCUGGUGCUAGCCCCAAAAUACCUACACGAUAUUCGUGUUCAACCAAACCUGGUAUUUGGACCGGUAGUCAAUCACGAGUUCAAUGGCCAUAUCCGAGGGUUCGAGCCAUUUGGAAAGUCUGCGGUUGCGGGGCCCAUAUUCCAGAACUUACUGAAGAAGAAGAUGGUAAUCGCACUUGGGGAUAUCAUCGAGCCCUUAGUCGAAGCGGCUGGGCCAGCCAUUUCGAAGGGUUUUGCUGACAGACGAGAGUGGCAUACAAUUACCCUGCUUGGGCCUUUGCGCAAGAUUAUUACUCAAUGCUCUUCAAGAAUAUUUGUCAGUGAGGAGCUCUGGCAAGACCCUGCCUGGGUAGAUGUGGUGGCGGACUACACAGCCACCGCGUCGAGAACCGCUGAUGCUCUACGUCAAUGGCCGCCAUUCAUACGUCCUCUAGCGGCUCACUUCAUUCCGGGGGUUUGGAAGAUGCGCGCUCAAAUUAAGAAGGCGCGAGGAAUGAUGAAUCCCGUCUAUGAGAAGAGACGAGAAGAGAAUGCCAGGUUGGCCACUCAAGGCAAAGAGGUCCCGAGAAGAGCAUCAGAUGUCAUGGAUUGGUUUGAAGAGUGCUCAAGGGGUCAGGAGUACGAUAUGACUGCUGCACAUUUGGGCCUUGACUUCGUGGCGAUUUCGAGUACGGCGGACAUGAUCACCCAGUUGAUCUAUGAUCUUUGUGGCCAAGAACGUCUACUAAACGACUUGCGUCAGGAGAUAAUAUCUGUGCUCGGAGAUAAUGGAUGGAAUAAGGCAUCCCUAUACAAACUUAGGCUUCUGGAUAGUGUUAUGAAGGAGAGUCUGCGGCUGAAGCCUAGUAUUACUGGUCUUCGUCGAUAUGCCCAAACAGAUGUCGUCCUCUCUGACGGGACCAAAGUAUCGAAAGGUACCUUGGUAAUUGUCUCCGGCCACCAUAUGUUAGAGACUGAGUCGGGUAUAUAUCCUCAGGCCGAUGUAUUUGACGGCUACCGGUUCUAUCGCUUGCGACAGGUGUCUGAUCAAGAUACCUGGAAACAGUUCGCGUCCGCGAGUGAGAAGCACAUAGGGUUUGGCUACGGUCAGCAUGCGUGCCCGGGGAGAUUUUUCGCGUCUCAUCAGGUCAAGAUUUUGAUGUGCCAUAUUCUUCUCAGAUACGACUUCCAACUUCCAGGGGGCGAACCGCCAAGGCCGUACUUGAGAGGAUUCAAUUUCAACGCUGACCCAUCCACGGAAGUCCUGAUCAGACGGAGACAAGAGGAGAUCACACUUUGA